CGACGAACAGUCGUUUCCUCCGAUGGUACACCGAGUGCUCAUGAUCGUGGCCAUGGGAAUGUCGCUGUUCAUAGCUAUCCUUGAUGUUACAAUGGUUUCUACAAUUGUCCCUAACAUUUCGAACGAUUUUCAAUCCGUUAAAGAUGUAGGAUGGUAUGGAUCUGCAUACUUAUUAGCUUCGGGAUCGACCCAGCCCACGUUCGGAAAACUUUAUGCAACCUUUUCACACAAAGCAAUAUUCCUCUCAUCUAUCCUUUUUCUGGGAGGAGGUUCAUUGAUCUGUGCUCUCGCGCAUAAUUCCAGCAGUUUCAUUAUUGGAAGAGCCGUUGCUGGCCUUGGCUGUGCCGGGUGUACUUCCGGUAGCUUGAUAGUCACUGCCACCAUUGCACCUCUGCGGCAGCGGCCCACACUCAUAGGCAUCGUAGGCUCGCUGGAGUGUUUCGGUAUUGUGCUUGGCCCCAUCCUUGGCGGUGCGAUUGCCAGCCACAUUGGUUGGAGAUGGUGCUUCUGGAUCAAUCUGCCAAUCGGGGGCGUAGUGUUCAUCAUCCUCUUUUUCUUCUUCAAGCCACCACCACAGGCUUUGGGUCAGAAAGCACCACUCAAAGACAGAAUCAAGCAGGUCGACGUAAUCGGCGGCGCGGGCUUGGUAGGAAGCAUUGCCUGUCUACUCCUCGCCAUCCAAUGGGUACCGUCACAGUACAAUUGGAACAGCCCGAGGAUCAUCGGGUUGCUCGUGGUGUUUGGAGUUUCAUUUGUUUCGGUUGGUGUUUAUCAGCACUAUCUGAAAGAGAAGGCAACCUUUCCGACACGACUCCUGAGAAACAGGUCUUUCGCAUCCUGUCUUUGGUACGGAUUUACGUUAUCGAGCGCUCAGAUGAUAGUUCUUUACUAUACUCCAGUAUGGUUCCAAGUUAUCCAGGGCGUUUCAGCCCGCGAGUCGGGUAUCCGGAUCCUGCCAAUGGUUCUCGCUCUCAUCUUUUCUGGGGGGCUUUCGGGAAUAGGGGCAUCCUCCGUCGGAUAUUUGCCCCCAUUUAUGAUAGUUGGCACUGUCCUUGCUUCCAUUGGAGCCGGGAUGCUCUACACCUUUAAUCCAGACAUUGAAAGGGCAAAAUGGAUCGUCUACCAGAUAUUAUUCGGUCUCGGCACAGGCGCUGGAGUGCCGCAGUCGCUCAUGGGCGUGCAGAUCGCUUUGGACCCCUCUGAUGUACCAUAUGGCGCGUCGGCGAUCAUCUUGGUAAACAACAUCGGGGGCUCAAUUUUUAUCAGCGUGGGUCAAAAUCUUUUGAUCACCAAGAUCGAACGGCUUACACAACUAAUUCCAUCCCUCGACCGCCAUACACUGCUGACCCGAUUCGACUUUCUCAGAGAAUCGCUCACACCAGAACAGCUCGCAAUUGCGCUUCGAGUAUACAACAACGGAAUGCAAAUGGUUUUCAUGACCGCUAUCAUUUUAGGCUGUUUGAGUGUCUUUGGAUGGGUUUUUAUCAAGUGGAUUUCUCUGAAGGGAUCAAAGCAAGCGUCAAGUUCGACUGAAGGGGUAUCGUUGAAGGAUGCCGCAACAAAGACUCAAUCACGUCACAGCCAGCAUAGUACACCUGGUAUAUAAUUUGAGCAGUCUGUACUGCACCGCAAGUGAUUGUAUAAACUUAGUCCGAAUCAGCGGCAAAAGAAGAAAGCGUUCAGUGUUGAGUCAUGAGCACCUUAGAGAGAUUGGGGACUGGUUUUCCAGCGG